AUGCAUCGUUUAUCCAUUAUCGUUCUCUUCAUUCUCAUCAGUUGUCAACUGGUCUCCUCUCAUCCGAAACGCGAGCGUCGUCUCGUGCUCAAGCCAGGCAAGGUGAUCAUGAUCGAGCCAGCCGAGGGCGUUGAGGGAUCGGGUGAAGGGCUGAAGAAGAAAGAUGAGGAGAAGGUUGAAGAGGGAUCUGCAGAGAUCGAGGGCUCUGGCCAGCACCACGUCGAGGGUAGCGGUGUCGAGGGAAGUGGAUUAGUCGAAGGCUCAGGAUCUGUCGAGGGAUCAGGUAUCGACACAGUGCUCACUCUAGAAGAAGCUAAAGAGAAGAAAGCCGAGAAAACCGGUGGCGUUGUCGAGGAAAAACUCCUCAGCCUAAGCGGUGACUUCAAACGAGAGGCAAAGAAAGAGAAAAAAGAGAAAGAU